UACACAAUAUUGUAAAGAGCCGUUAGUUCAAAAGAGAGAGACGUUAGAAAAGUAAAGAAGAAAAAACGCGUAACGGAGAAAACGAAGUGAAGCAGAGAAGAAGAAAAUGGCUACCAAUAUCGGAAUCAUGGACGCUGCUUACUUCGUCGGUAGAUCUGAGAUUCUCUAUUGGAUCAAUUCGCUUCUUCAACUCAAUCUCACAAAAGUCGAAGAGGCUUGUUCUGGUGCUGUUCACUGUCAGCUUCUUGAUGCCGCUCAUCCUGGUAUUGUUCCGAUGCAUAAGGUGAAUUUUGAUGCCAAGAGUGAGUAUGAGAUGAUUCAGAACUAUAAGGUUCUUCAAGAUGUCUUCAACAAACUCAAAAUCACUAAGCACAUUGAGGUUAGCAAGCUAGUGAAAGGAAGACCUCUGGAUAAUCUGGAGUUCAUGCAAUGGAUGAAAAGAUACUGCGAUUCUGUCAAUUCUGGACAAGACUAUUAUAAUCCUUCCGAGAGGAGAGAGGUAUGCAAAGGAGCAAGAGAAGUGGGUAGAAGAUCUGCACACUCUCAACCCUCAACAAAGGGUGGUUCUACUACUGCUGCACACAGGCCUCAGUCUUCCCAUAAUGCUCGAAGAAAUGAUGUGCCUGCUGCUAACCACCCUGCAACUCAUGGGGCUGUAAGAGCCUCAAGGCCUUCUGCCCCUGCUGCUGCAAACCCUGCAUAUGAUCAACAGGUGCAACAGAUAACAGAAUUGAAGUUAUCCAUUGAUAGCCUUGAGAAGGAACGUGACUUUUACUUUGCAAAACUGAGGGAUAUUGAGAUUCUUGGUCAGACUCCUGGAGUAGAAAACUCACCGGUUUUUGAAGCAAUACUGAAGAUAUUGUAUGCUACUGAUGACAAUGGAUCUGAGUUGGCAGAAGCUCAAGCUAUUCUUACGGCUGGUCUACAACAGGAAGCACAGACUUUGAGUCCCAUUGCUGAGGUUUCUGAAGAGAAGAGCAGUUCUAAGAGAAAGAAUAUCAACAAUCCUGAAUGUGAUGCUGCUGGUGUCACUAAUUUGUCUCCUCGGCGGAGGCUUUCUGAUAUUUCGAAUGUUCACUAUGAGGGGUCACCUCUAUGAUGACCUGAAGGAAAAAUAUUGAAGGAGGGCGAAAAUAUUUUGGUUACAGUAAUUUCAGAUUAAUGUGUUGUGUUACAAUUGCUUUUUGUAAUAAUUAGUCGUCCUAUAGAGAUUAUGCCAUGAAUAUAUGGUAUAUGGUUAUGAUGGUAUAUGCUUUUGAUCCAGAAAUAUAGCUAUGUCAUAUGGCAUAAAAAAACCUUGCAGAUUA